AAUUGGGCGGAGCUUGUGGUGGUGUUCGCGGGCGGUUGGGAGGGGGGACGGAGCUUGCUCCUCAGAUGGGGCGGGUCUUACUGCGGGGCAGGUCCUGGCGCGGGGCGGAGCUUUGCAGCAGGUCAGGUGGGGGCGGGGCUUACUCCUGGGCGGGGCCUGCUGCAGCCCCCAGCGAGGAUUCGGGUUCCCGGCCCGGGGUGCCUGCGUCCCCAUGGGGCUGUGCUUCCCUUGUCCCGCGGAGUCCGCACCACCAUCCCCGAGCCCGGAAGAGAAAAGAGAAAAGCUGGCAGAGGCAGCAGAAAGAAGGCAGAAGGAGGCUGCAACUCGGGGGAUUUUGGAUAUCCAGUCAGUGGAGGCCAAAAAGAAGAAGAAGGAACAGUUAGAAAAGCAGAUGGCGACAUCGGGGCCACCAACGGCAGGGGGACUUAGAUGGACGGUGUCAUGAAGCAUAUCAUACCUGGAAGAGAAUCCUGCCACCAACUCCGGCAACUGCAGUCAAUGGAUUUCAGCUGAUGUCUCCUCUUUACACACAUUAAGAGUCAGACUGUGUCAUUCGUGCCCUUUAGUGCAAUCCUGACACUAAAUAUACUAAAUGUACAAAAAUAUUGGUAAUAUUUUUAUUUUCAAACUUCCUGAAUAACCUAGCUUUUCAUUCUAUUCCACUUUCCCUACAUCUAUUUUCUCUUCUGCAGGAAGUAACUUUGCAGUUUUUGUAGUUAAAAUAUGGAUCCAAAAGGUAUAUAUGCAUGGCGUGUCCUGGUUCUACAUAUAUCUCCAGUGUUGAGUUUGCUGCCAUAGCUCUGCAUUAUAAGUAACCUUGCUCCCUAGAAUCAUGUGGCACAGCCUGUGGUCUAUCUCUGUCUCACUAAAUAGGAAGACUUCAGCUUCCAGACUUAGUGCCUUUAAGCUGAUCAUCAGGGAAAAUCCUGAAGACGCAUUUGAAGGACUUCAGGUGAAGGAAGUCUUUAUUUUUAUAACCCACUAAGAAAUGAAUAUUUGUAGGCAAAUGUUGACUCUCUGCUAAUUUAUUUUCUGUACCUAAGGCAUAUCCUAUUAACGUGAAGUUAUAUGUCCGUAGGACAUCAGCUCAGUGACCUGCUGAUGAGUCCUGCUAGAAGCAUGAAGGUAUGUGUAGUGAAGGGAGGAGGCCAACUGAGAACCAGGUUGGAGAGAAUGAGUGAUAAUAAAUGUGUUCAAAUUCCACAAGCAUUUUUAUUCUUCUGUAUUUAUCAAAGAACAGUUGUAAGAUCUAUACAAACAUGAUGUUGCCAAAGAGAGUGUGAAAGAGAAACAUGUGAGUUCUGUACUUGGAAAGUCCAAGCAUGUCAAAGCAUGCUUGUGAUUUAUGAGAUUGUUGCUUGUUUUUUUCUUACUACGUAAUAAGCAAAGAUGCAAGUGUGCAAGGCUGCUGCUGCUGUGGAUGCCAAGACAUUCAGUGCUAACAUCAAGUCCUUACCUUAGAAUUUAUAGAUUCUAGCCAGUCAGAAAUCUCAGUGAAUUAGGCAAAGUCACAGCCAUGAGAAGAAACUGAGCCAUUGGCUUGUCUGUUCCUCUCACAAGGUAUCUGACAGUGUGUCACACAUGUUCUUUUUAAAGAAUUAGAGCUAUAAUAUAGGUCUCAUAAUGACUGAAGUAUUACUUUUCUGUCGCUCAAAAUGGUUCAUGAAUAGCUAGGCAAGACAUAGAAUUGUAUCAUGUCAGUUUCCUUCAUUUAGAGAUGGUGAUAUUUUUCUUCAUAAAUGAUAGUGAUAUCAAUAAGCUGACUUUUAGAAAUAAUUUUUAGCUCAUUUUGGUAAGUAAUAUUUCUGACAUAGGAAAGCUGUCUCAGCUGAAUGGGGAGAGAGGCAGCACACACCAGCCUUCACCAUGGGAAGCCCUCCUCCUGUUAGAACAGACAUCACGUUCUCUUCCCUUCAUCUUAGACCAUGGCUUGUGCAAAGAGGAGGCUUGGUUCAGUGGGCAGUGCAACAUUUAUUACCUAAGGGCAUGCCUAGAGGCACAAGUGCCAUACAGGUUUAUUCUUUGCUUGGAAUAAUUAGGAUACACUGCUUUUGGCAUCUGUGGGCUCCCUCUGCUGUUCCAAGGCCCUGUGCAUGGCUAUGGCCUGCCCCACCGAUAUAAGCCUUCUCCCAAGGCCACACAUGUCAUAGGCACUAAAUGGUGAGUUGAAUCUCAUGAAUGUGAUUGCAAAGAGGAAACAGGAUGCUUGAUAAGAAACUGGGAAAUGGCUAUUUGAAAUCAUAUAUACGUCUAAACAUUUCUCUUAGGUUGUGGAUAGUGGUGUAGAGGUGAGUUUUCUCUAACUUAAGACUUAAAUAACAAAACAUAAUAUUGAAUAUAUCUUCCAACUCUUAUGGCAAAAUGGGUAGAACAUAAGAAAAUCCAUCAGAUGCAGAAAGGUAACCAAUAUAUGCAAGCUUCAGUCUUAAUUGUAAUUCUGAAACUGAUAUAGCUGGUGAUAAAAGAGUUACAUAUAUCCUUACAGAAGGGCUCUGUGACUGGUUGCAUGUUUUGGAAACAUCUGUAAAUGGUUCUUUUAUCUAGUUUGUGUUAUGAUUAUAUCUGGAAUGUGAUUUAUUAGUUUUCUAAUAUAUUUUGAGCCCAAUGUUAUGUAUUAUGCAUUGUCUUUGGGUGUAUGAACAUACAUCUUCCUAUACAAAAGUUCCCUUUGGCCAUGUCUUUAAGUAAAAUGUUUCUACUCCAUCUUAAACAAAUUGUGAGUUGUCUUCAUACCCAAGAGAUGCAUCCAUGUCUCUGGGGUUGAUAAUGGAAAGGUAAACAGUGGCUGCCUGGAGAAGGCAUGUUUCUCAUCCUGGAAAGAAGAACUGUUAUUAUGUUGUUAUUAUUCUUGCUUUUAGAUUAAAAGGUAAAGCACUGUGGAAAGGCUCUCUGCAUAAUCCCAGAACCAUAAACAUUUACAUAAAAUUUGAAUUUGUUUAUCCAAAAGUUUGGCUUAUUUUCAUUGUUAAGAAUUAUACUGUGUCCUUGGAAGAUGAAAAGCAUACCUUGUCAUUUUUGAAUAAAGUAUAUAAUUUAACAGAUUGGCAAGA